UGAGCGGGUACAGGAAGGGGUAAACACACAUGGUCAUUGGCCAUUGGAUUACUAGCCUGAUCCAGUGGAGGGGGUUGAGGUAGAGGGUUGGAGGGGUAAAGGUUGGAGCGGUGGAGAGAUUAGCUCUCCCAGCAGUUCCAAGAGCUCAGGUUAAGCCUCAGUCAGAGGUUGGUAUCAGAGACAGAAAGACAGAAUGCAGCAGGUUGUCGUACUCACGCUCCUCUUGAGCCUCGUUUGCCUCAUCCAUGGAGUGCCCGUGCUUCCCGAACCUCUCUUCCCCAUACAGGACAACUUCGACCUAACUAAGUUCAUGGGGAAGUGGCAUGAUAUUGCGAUAGCGUCCACCUGCCCCUGGAUGCAGCGCCACAAGGGAGAUGCAGCCAUCGGAACCCUGGAGCUCCAGGCCAGCGGCACCGAAGACAAAGUCAGCAUGACAAGGAGCAUGAAAAAGCACGGGAAAUGUGAGCAGAUCUCUGGUGAUUACGAGCUGACCGCCACACCUGGAAGAUUAACCUACCACAUCGCCAAGUGGGGGGCUGAUGUUGAUGCCUAUGUGGUUGACACUAACUAUGAUGAGUACGCCAUCGUCAUGUUGAGUAAACAAAAAACAGGAGGCGAGAAGACAAAGUCUGCCAAGCUAUACAGUCGCACCAUGGAACUGCCGCCCACUAUCCUGGAAGACUUCAGGAGGCUGGUGAGGGAGCAGGGCAUGGCUGACGACACAAUCAUCAUCAAACAGAACAAAGGGGAGUGUGUACCAGGAACAGAGCCUGUAGCAGCAGAGCCUCAGCCUGAGAUCACAGCACCGAGAGCCAAGAGGAACAUAGUCCUCCCUGAGUUGCCCGCUGAGGAGGGUUCUGGUGCCGGAAUCAUGAUGUUCAGGAGUGAAGAGUCCUGUAACGCCGAGCCGGACGCAGGUCCCUGUUUCGGGACGGUGCAGAGGCACUUCUACAACUCCAGCAGUAUGGCCUGUCAGCUGUUCACCUACGGAGGCUGCAUGGGCAACCAGAACAACUUUGUGACUGAGAGGGAGUGUCUCCAGAGCUGUCGUAACGAGGCUGCCUGUAGACUGCCCGUGGAUGCUCGGCCCUGCACUGGACAGCCCAAGAUCUGGGUCUUCCACUCAAACUCUGGUCUCUGUCUGGAUAAUAAAAAGGACUAUUGCCAGGUCAACAGUAACAAGUUCUACUCCAAGAGGGAGUGUGAGGAGUACUGUGGGGUGAUGAAGGAUCCAGGAGAAGGGGAGUUCCUCAAAACAAACUAAAGGAGAUGAGAACACAGAACAUACAGCACAGAUCAGAUCAAUAUGUUGAUCAACAGUAAUACACUAUAGAUAUCAUACAUUACCAUAGAGCACAAUAAAAUGAUGGAUGAACCUG